AGUCUUGCGAUGCCGUUGGCACAGCGAGCUGGUCGCGCUGUAGUUCAGCGCUGCUUCGUGUUCCAGGUGAAUGUUACCCGAUUCAGGAUUAUUCUCUUAUAGGAAUAGGGAUUAUUUUUAAAUAUAUAUAUAAUACGUGAUCAGUUUUUGUCGUAAACAUGGAUUACAGGUAGAGAAAACUCCUAAUAAUUUUUAAUUUCCUCCCAAUCCGUAAUAUUGGGCUACUUCUUGGUGUUUUUUUUUUUUUUCGGUUCAUUCUGGAAACUCCUUCGACGUUUCCGUUUAAAUAGCGCAUGAAAUCCACCGAGAUGUGGAGCAGAAACGAUUUCGAGGAUGGCCUGGAUAUCUAUAAAGCGGGUUCCAGUGCGUCCUCUCCUGGGUGGGUGCCAGGCUGUGAGUCAGCAUGGCACGGCUCAUCCUCCAUCAGCAGCAGUAACCGCGCCAGGCGCCACAGCGCCGCCUCCGACAGCGCCGACACAGGCAUAGGAACGUCCUGCUCGGACAGCGUGGAAGACCACUCCAGCUCGAGCGGCACGCUGUCUUUCCAGCCCCUCCGCUCGCAGGGCUCCAUCCCCACCGCGCAUGUCAUGCCAUCUCCGUCCAGCUCCAAGCUCAGCGCCCAGUCGGUGCCCGGCAGCCCGUGGAACAGCAGCCAGCUCUCCUCUCCUGUCUCCAGCCCGCUGGACAUGAAGGACCCUCGCCCCGUGCGCCGCUGGUCCUCCCUUACUCGCUUGAGCGGCCAGGAGAAAAGCGGCAGGACAUCGUGUCACCCGGACGCCCACGGAUCACUGGACCGCAGCCUGCUCCACUCCCGGGCCGACUCGUCUCCGCUCAAGCCUAACACACUGGACCUGAGCUACAGUGCCUUACCCGAGAGCAGAGCCUCCCUCAUGAUGCCCAGGGGGCACCAGGCCGUCGGGGGGUCACCCAUCCAGCCCAGCGUGAGGACGCAGAUGUGGCUGAGCGAGCAGAUGGAGUUCAGACCCGAGGGCGUGAGCGCGUGGCUGAGCGAGCAGCAGCAGCGAGACAGGAUGAGGCAGGAGGCCGAGCUCUCACAGAUGCUGGGUGGAGCUCCUCUCCCUGUGAACACGCUGGUGAAGAUAAAGGAAGGGCUGCUGAGACAGCGGGAGCUGGAGAUCGACAGGCAAAAGCAGCAGAUCAUGCAGCUCCACGCCAGAAUCAGGGAAAACGAGUUAAGGGCGCAGCAGGUCCUCCAGAACCAGAGAGGGCGCUGUGACGACUCGUAUGUGCUUAAAACAAAGGAGAGCCCGCUGGACAGCCCUGCAUCGUCUCUACACAGUCCUCAGACUCCACUGUGCUGCGAGAACGGAGAGCUGGCGCGCAGGCUGGCCUCAGCCGAGCUCGAGGUCAUCCACCUCAAAGAGUUCCUCAAGCAGAACACACAGAAAUACACAGAGGACAUCAAGAAGCUGGAGGAGAAGAUGAAGACCCGUGAUCGCUACAUCAGCAGUCUAAAGAAGAAAUGUCAGCGAGAGCAGGAGCAGAAUCAGGAAAAGCAGCAGCGCAUCGAGACUUUAGAGAAAUACCUGGCAGAUCUGCCCUCGCUGGACGAGGUGCACACCCAGGCCCAGCAGUUGGAGGAUGUACAGGCGAAGGCACAGACGCUGCAGGACACAGUGGUGCAGCUGGAGCGGAGCUUAGAGGAGAGCCGAACUCGUCUGCAGGAGAAAGACGCGCUCAUCGAGAGACAGUCCAAGAGGGAGAAGGAGCUGGUGGCUGCCGUGCAGAGUUUGCAGGAGAAGGUGGAGAAGUGUCUGGAGGAUGGAGUGCGGUUGCCGAUGCUGGACCUGAAGCAGUUGGAGAGGGAGAACACGCGGCUCCUGGAACAGCAGUCUCACAAUAGCACGCUGAUCGACAGCCAGAAGCAGCAGAUCGACAGACUCACCCUGGAGUUAACGGCACUGGAGAAGAGGCUGCAGAAGGAGAGAGCCAUCACGCAGGAGCUCCAUAAGCAGCUCGUAGAGAGAGAGGAGGACCUGGAGACACUGUCUAAGAGUGUCCAGCAGAAGCAGCAGCAUGUGGAUAACGGCACUGUGCUGCAGGAAGCAGGCUCUCUGCUAAAGGAAAUGUCUCUGUGUCUGCUGGACCUGAAGGCUCUGUGCAGCAUCCUCACCCAGAGAGCGCAGGGCAAAGAGCCAAACCUGGCACUGCUGCUGGGCAUCAAGUCAAUGAGCUGCUCGUCCGAGGAGAGCGAGAAGCCGCUGGUGGAGGACGGACUGCGGGCCAAGCUGCUGGAGGUGCGUCAGCUGAGGAAGGACAUUGACGAGCUGCGCACCAUCAUCUCCGACCGCUACGCGCAGGACAUGGGGGAGAACUGCGUGACGCAGUGAGCGCCUCCUAGAGGCCGAGCCACUGCUUCACUCUCACCAACAAAAGGGAAAGGAGAAUAAAUCCGUCUGACUACUGAAUGUUGGACCAAGCUGUGAAUCGAGUUUACACCGUCUUUGUAGCUCUGUGUUCAUCUCCACGUCUGAGAUCUUUUUAUUGUGUAUUUAUUGGGACUACAGAAAAGGCCAUUAGUCAUUUCGUUACCGUAUUUUCCGGACUAUGAGUCACAGCCCUCUAAAUUCAAUCAGGCUAUACAUCGCAUUGUUUACUUACAUUUUUAUUUCACAGUAUUUCAGUGUAUUGCUAGCAUACGUGUAAAGUAACGAUCCACAUUUGACGCUGCGAGUCUACGAUUUGGUGGUCACCUUGACAACCAUAUCCUGAUUUCACACCAUGUAUCGGCUGCAUUUAUAUAAGCGUACAACAGUAAUGCAAAUUUAGUAUCUUCAAUGCACUUAAAGGGCAAAAAAAAAAAAAAGGAUCUUGUAAUCCAGAAAAUACGGGAAGUGAGCGAGGUGGUGAGAUCACACUGUGGGUGUUCAGAAAUCACAGCAAUGCAAAGGGAGUUACAUCUCACACACACACACACACACACACGCAGAGUGUGGAAAAGUGUGUGAAGUGGUUCAUGCUGCUCCAUCAAGUGCCUUGUGAUGUUCCAGUGCGUUCGCUGAUUGUUCUACGUCUCCAAAGCCCAAACCAUGACAGAUCCUCAGUCUCACCCAAAGACAUUCAUCUCCUCCACUGAGUGCUGCUGGUCAACACUGAAGCAGACUGCUCUCAUUUACACACACACACACACACACACACACACACACACACACACACACGGUCCAGUGGUCUUCCGUUCAGCACCUUGUAUUUGAGUGUGAUGUCAUCUGUUUUGUUUUUUUUUCCGCCAUGUUGGACAAGUGUGUGUGGUGUUGGUUUUUCUUCUAAUAGGACUCCAUAUUAAUGAUAAUCCAGGCUCAGUGAAAAGCUCGCAGAAAGACUCGAUUGCAUGAAAAACAAACCCAUGGAGGAACAAAUGGGUCACAGAUGAUAAUUGUACUGGAUUUCAGGUAAUGGUUUUAAACAGUUUUUUUUUUUUUGCAGUAAUUUCCCACAUUAGCGUAAGAUCAAGAGCUGUGUACAAACUGCUAAGAUGUUAUUGUUAGAUUUCUCGGAGGAAAAAAAAGACGCACGAGAGAUUUUAUACUCGACAGAAUUGCAGAGUUGUGUUACAGUUUAAACUUUACGUAUAAACGACAAUGCAAAAAAAACAAAGAUAUAUUCUCAGGUAUAUAAAGCAGACAGUGUUAAGACUCCACCCUUACGGUGGAACCGCUUUGCUUUCUCAUUUCAAAAAGGGAUUUUAACUAGAAAAGAGCCGCCUCGUCUCAAGUCGGAUCUUUUCUUUUUGUCCUCCAUUUUGACCCUGUAUAGGACUAUUUCUUAUUUUCUGUAAUAUAGUAACAAAAGAAAAGAAGAAAUGAUGCUCGGUCAUGACAACCUGUGCACAAACAUUUGCUGGACAAUGAAUGUUUUUGGAUAUUUAUUUAUAAGUUGUUUCUGCAGUAGUGAUAUUAGCGUUGUUGUUUUGUUUGCAUGUCGUAGGUGAUCAGCGUGUGUGUGUGUGUGUGUGUGUGUGUGUGUGUGUGUGUUUUAUUGCUACAGAUGGAGAUUGUGCAGGAACAGAAGGUCUCUGAAUCUGGUUGGCCGUAUAAAAUGCUAUGCAACCUCAUAUUUACCAGCAUAGAAUUCAGCAGACAUUGCUUUCCUGUGCCUUUAUAAAUCUAUGCAGCAGAGUUAAAGUUAAACGUGUGUGUGUGUGUGUGUGUGUGUGUGUGUGUGUGUGUGUGUGUGUGUGUGUGUGUGUGUGUGUGUGUGUGUGUGUGUGGCAGCGGGGUGUGUCUGAAAUCGGCAUGACGAGUGAAGCCAUAGGCACAAACAAUGCAGAUUUCUACUCAGGUUAAGUGAAGACGAACCUGAUGGAGUGUGUGUGCGCAGACGCAGACGGGGCGGGGGGACGCAGACGCGCGUGGUUGUCAUGGCCGAUUGUGAUCACACUGUGUGCUGGAGGCCGCUGGUUGGCUUUACUGCACUACAGCCACUCUCUGAUCUAAACGUACUUGGAGCUUUUAGUUUUUCAGCUCGACUUUCCACAUGCCAAAGCUCUAUUUAUGUACAUUUACAGAAAGUAUUGACUCAUAUUUUUUCAUGUAAAACACAAAAAGGACAAAAAUAUAUGCUUUCCAUUUGUACAGAGGAUGAAUAAAAUAUUUUUCUACAAA